AUGGCGCCCACCAAGCCCCAAUCUGAAGAGCAGCCCGUCAAGCGCGGCCGUGGCCGUCCCCCCAAGGACCCGUCCGAGAGGAAGGCUGUUGCCCCCCCUAGUGGUCGCCCUCGUGGCAGGCCCAAGGGUAGCGGUGGUGUGAAGAAGCCUGCUCAGAAAACUGCUGCCAGCACCAUCUCUCGCCGCGGACGUCCUCCCAAGGCUGCUGCUGCUGCCACCCCCGUUGCCGCCAAGAAGAAGGCUGCUACGCCCAAGGCUUCUGCUUCCAAGGCCACCCCCUCUUCCACUGGCAGAGGUCGCGGUCGUCCUCGCAAGUCGGAUGUCAGCGAGGCUGCCGCUCCCAUCUCCAAGAAGGCUACCCCCAAGAAGAGCACGACACCCAAGAAGGGCGGACCCGGCAGACGUGGCCGCCCCCCCAAGGCUGUGACCGAGGAGUCUGCCGAGGAGGAUGCGGAAGAGGCCGAGAAGGCCGCCUCUGAUGCUGCCUCUGACGUCGACGAGGCUGCAAACUUCGAUGACGAUUUCAAGGAUGCCGACGGUGACGUAGAUAUGGACUUGAACGGUUCGGGUCCUGUUGACAUCGAAGCAACUGGUAAAGAGGUUCGUACGAGCACCAGCAACCCACAAGGCAGCUUUUCAUUCAAUGGCAUCCUGUAA